UACACAUGUAUUUUUUUAAUGGCGUCACGGGCCUCAUGGAUACAGGUAGAGCAGGUUUUGUAAUCUACGUAACCUCCCGGAGGCGUCCAUCUACGGAAUACCGGGAACACGUACUAAGACGGUUUAUUUACACUUUUUCGAAACCUGGAUGCUAUGAUAUUUCUUCCGAAUUGAAAAUGCAAGGGACAGGACUUGAAGAACUGGGAGUACCAGGGCAGAUCGCUUUGCGGGAAGCCCUGACCAGCUGUACGGACCCUCUGAAAGCCAUCGAGGAAUUCCAGCUCGAGAACGGUAUAUUGUUACCAUCCUUGAGGCAGAUGCUACCGUUACUGGAUCUCCAUGGUUUAAGGAGGCUCGAUUUCCACACGUCUGUACUUGAAGAACUGAGAGACAAACUUGUUGUUCAUAUAAACGAGCUUGGUCAAAAAGAGGGCAGGGAGAGGGAUAAGAUAUUGAAAGAGCUUCUGUCUAAAAGUUUUCCGCUCGUCCGCCUGAAAGCCCUACGACCCAUCGUCAUGUGCAUUCUGCGUAACAUUCCACACAUAGAAGACAAAUAUCUCAGGGUUCUUGUAAAAGACAGAGAGUUAUACAACGACACCGACACAGAGGUGAAACGUCAGAUAUGGAAAGACAAUCAGUCCUUGUUCGGUGAUGAAGUUUCGCCACUGCUUACACAGUAUUGCAAGGAAAAGGAAUUAAUACUCUUCGACCAUCAGAAUUUGACCAACCUUUUCUUCUCUCCAUCUCCAAAAGUCAGACGUCAAGGUGAAGUUGUUCAAAAGCUAGCCCAUAUGAUAGGUUCAAGUGUUAAAUUGUAUGAUAUGGUCCUACAAUUCUUAAGGACGCUUUUUAUAAGGACAAGAAAUGUUCACUACUGCACUCUAAGAGCUGAACUCUUAAUGGCCCUUCAUGAUCUAGAAGUGCAGGACAUUAUCUCUGUAGACCCCUGUCACAAGUUUACUUGGUGUUUGGACGCUUGUAUCAGGGAAAAAAACGUUGACAUCAAAAGAUCUAGGGAACUACAAGGCUUUUUGGAUGGUAUUAAACGUGGUCAAGAAACUGUUCUUGGUGACCUUUCUAUGACUCUUUGUGAUCCGUAUGCAAUAAAUUUUCUUGCGACUUCUGCAAUGAAGAUUCUUCAACAUCUUAUAAACGUAGAAAAUUUACCAAGGGACAAUACAAUUUUAAUUCUUCUUUUACGAAUGCUCUCUUUGGGUCUGAGCGCGUGGGAGAUGAUAAAUUCACAAGAGUUUAAAGAACCAAAACUUGACCCAGAGAUUGUGAGUAAGUUCUUACCAGCACUUAUGUCAUUAAUGGUUGAUGAUCAAGUGCGUAAUCUUAAUGCAAAGCUUCCACCGGAUGAAAGAGAGUCUGCGAUUACAAUCAUCGAGCACUCCGGCCCUGCUCCUGAUGCUUGUCAGAAUUUCGUUCAAUACUCGAGCGUCGCGGCGAUCAUAGCUAUGUACUACACUCUGCACACUGCAAAACACAGGGAUCGAGUGGGAUUGAUGCGUGUUCUCGGCAUCCUGGCCAACUGCGAACGUGCUUUUGAUGAUCCUUUCCUUCAUUUCCUUGUUUCGCUGUUGAUCCACAUGGCUGAUGAGUUUGCGACUGAGGAUUUCUGCACUGUUGUCUUUGACGAGUUCUUCUAUGCAGGAAUUACUAAGGAAAAUGUGACAAGGCAUAUUCUUAAGCUUUUGUGGUACAUUUAUCCAAAAUUGCCACAGGCAAGACUCUACACCCUCAUGAAAAGCUUGACGCCUACUUCACAGAAUAAUGAUGCAGUUCAUAAACUUUAUGAUGCACUUCAAGAAAAAAUAGGCAGCCAGCAAGAACCGCCAUCGAUACCACCAAAUCUGGAUUAUCUCGAAUCACCGUUAAUGAGUGUGCCUACUCCAGCUCCACUGUGAUCCGUGGUUUUAUUUAAAAACAAUAUUAGUAUAUUUAAUAGAAAAAUUAUUAUUUUUACUAUUAGACGUCAAUCUUAUUUAACUAAAUUUUUGAAAAGUAAAUGUUGAACAGAGUUUUUAAAAUGAUCUCAAUAAUUAACACAUGGCGACAAAAAUAAAAACUCUUCACAGUAUGUAUUAACUAUCUUUUUGAAUGUUAUUUAAUAGGUUGUUUAAUGCCCAUAAUGAAUUAUAUGAUUGGAUCCGAGAAUCCAUUGAUCAUGAGGUGCCCAGACUGUUUUAAGUGCAAACAAAAUGUGAAUUUAAAAGUUGUUCAUUACUAUAAGUGAAUUUUGUUGUAAAUAUUUUAAUGAAAUUUUUUGUAUAUAAUUUAGUAUAUUUCUUUCUGCCUCUAUUUCAGUGAUGUAGGUUUUUGUCUGUUGUUAACAUGUGGCGGAAAAAAAAAGAUUGAAAUUGUUUCAUGCUGUAAAAAAUAACUUUUUAAGAGACUUCUUUUCAUUU